UUCCGCACGCGCAUGAUUCGCGCACCCCUCUGUCCUCGCAUGUUCGUGUGUGUGUGCAGCCAUGAGUCUUUCGCUCCGACUGCUGCGUCCCACGAGGGUGCGCUGGAGAUGUCGUGUCCCGGUUGCACGGAGAGGGUAUUCGAGUGUUCCCACCGCACAUGCCGGGUUCGGGCAGCCGUUGUAUGAGACGCACCCACAUUUGCUCAAGGCCGGGGAAGUGACGCCUGGCAUUACCGCCCUUGAAUACCACGAACGCCGCGCGAAGCUCGCUAAAGAACUCCCGCCCAACUCCAUCGCCGUGCUUGCUGCCUCGGACUUGAAGUACGCCUCGGGGGCGGUUUUCUAUAAGUUUCACCAGGAUCCAGACUUCCUGUACUUGACUGGUUUCAGAGAGCAGGACGCCGUCGCCAUCAUUGAAAAGCACGACGAUGAGGACCACAUCUUCCACCUCUAUGUUCGCCCCAAGGACCCCAGGAUCGAAGCAUGGGAAGGGCCGCGCUCUGGUGUUGAGGCGGCAGAAGACGUCUUCAAUGCUGAUGUCUCGGGCGAUAUCAACGACCUGCCCAAACUCCUCCCCAAUAUCGUCGGCAGGGCUAAGCACGUGUACACGGACCUACCCAACAGUCGGAUAAACAAAAACAUCCUGUCUCGGUAUCUCUCUGGCUCUGAGCCCGCACGAAUCGGUGGCAUAGCAAGUGCAUUCCGCGAUGCGGAGAACGUGUCCACGAGGCCGCUACGGCCACUGAUGAACGAGCUGCGCGUCAUCAAGAGCGCAGCAGAAAUCAUAAACAUGCGCCACGCAGGACAACACUCCGGCCGCGCCAUCACAGACGCCAUGCGCCAGUCCUUCACCCUCGAAAAAGACCUUGACUCAUUCCUCGACUACUGGUUCAAGCAAGACGGAUGCGACGGCCCCGCCUACGUCCCCGUAGUCGCCGGCGGCAUCAACGCCAACACCAUCCACUACGUAUCCAACGACAUGCAGCUCUCACCCUCCGACCUCGUCCUCGUCGACGCCGGCGCCCAGUACGGCGGCUACGUCACAGACAUCACACGCACAUGGCCCGUAUCCGGAAAAUUCACCCCCGCACAACGCGACCUCUACCAGCUCCUCCUCAACGUCCAACGCACCUGCGUCGCACUCUGCCGCGUCUCCGCAAACAUCUCCCUCGACAAACUGCACCACAUCGCGUCCAACGCCCUGCGCGACGGCCUGACAGACCUCGGCUUCGAUAUGGCUGGAAACGCUAUCCAGACCCUCUUCCCCCACCACGUUGGCCACUACCUCGGCCUCGAUGUGCAUGAUAGUCCGGGCUUCUCGCGCAGUCGCGUGCUGCAGAAGGAUAUGGUUGUUACGGUCGAGCCGGGGAUCUAUGUCCCUGAUGAUGAGAAGUGGCCGCAGUGGGCGAGGGGAGUUGGUAUGCGUAUUGAGGAUAGCGUUUGUGUGGAUGACGAGGGGCCGUAUGUGCUUACUACUGAGGCGGUUAAGGAGGUUGUUGAUAUUGAGGCGCUGAGGGGGACGCAGAGUAGACUUUCAUGAGGAGGGUGGUUGGAAGGAGCUGUACUAUAUGAAUGUAUAUGUUCAAACGCGUAUCCACAUUUCUAGAAAAAGGCGAGCUAGGAAGUGUGAACCGAGACGGUGGCUAUCGUCGUCAGUGAGCAUCUAGUCAUCCAGCCCUCGGUAGUUAAAAAAGAGAUCUUGUUCCUUUUCAGCGUCGGCCCUCCUUGCAUCUUUUCAGGACAGAUUCCAAAAGCUCAUUCAGCAACACCCAUCGAAAUAAACACGGUAUCACACGUGAGACUGGAACUCAUCAUGUUUGCAUCCGAGUUCAUACACACAUGUACGCUGGACAAGCGGGCCACGCGAGGGU